GGCGCUGCAGGGAUUAGAGAGUUAAACGAAUGGCACGUCGGCUCCGCUUGCAGUUUGCGUCAAGGAGAAGCAACACGGACCCUCUGUCAGAAAGCCUCAGCAGCCAUGGUGAGGAGAGUGGAGACAGUGUGUCAGCUCGCAGCCCCACAGAGAGUCUGGCGCACAGUUCAGUCCGCUUGAAGGUGACUCCUCUGUCACCAGACUAUGCUACUCUACAGCGGUACUCUUCAGUGUUCAUACCCAGGGUUAACGUUGGAGGAUGUAAUAAGAAGACUAUUCUGCAGAUCUCCCUGCAGCCCUGUGGUAAGUUCAGUGGACAAGUGGAUGGCAGUACAGAGGAUGGAGAGCAGGGGGUUGAAGGAGGAGCAGGUACUGCCUCUGAUGGAGGCUCAUGCAGCAGCAGCAUGGCUAGCGAUGCUGGGUACUGUAGCAGCAACAGCAUCUUUGAGCCAGAUGCUCCAGAAAAGCACAAGACCACCCAGGAGAGGAGUCUACCUCGCUGCAAGUCCAAGGUCCCACUGAGACGGUGCUCCUCUUUGGUUAUAUUUCCAGAGAGCCCCUGCAGUACCCCACCUGCCUCCCCAGUAAAUCCUGUGGCUCUACCUGCUCUUCUACAAGCAGUGGGAUCUCACCAGUCAUCUAUUCAGACAUCUGCUAGUGAAUUAUCACAAGAUGGAGAGGAUGUGAGUUGCAAAGGGUCCACCACCACGGCAGUAAUUGGCCAUCGUCUCCCAAAAGGAAGCUUUUCAGGUGACUUCAGGGACACAAAACACAUGGUGCAAUUUAAUAUUCCUUUACAGGAUGAACCAAAAUGCAAAAUGGAGGACAGGAGUAAAGUAAUGGAACUCUCAUCAACCCUAGACAGAUCGAAUCGUCACUCUAGCAGUGUGCUACUACACUUUGCCCACCAGAGACCAAUGAUAUCCAGGAAAGGAGCUACAACCGCAACUGCAGUUAAUGUGGAAUAUCCUGGGGCUUUAAAUCCAUCCGUACAUCCUAAGGGCGAACAUGAACCUCACAGAAAACUGUAUCGUAGUACCUCUGCUUGUUUGUUCUCCUCAACUAAAUCAUCAGGGAAAAACCAGAAGGUCUGUUCGUAUGGAAAAAGCCAGGAAAAGGCUGAGGAAAACCAAUGUCAUCGUGCCAUACAAAGGAGCUUUUCCCUGGAGGUGCCUUACGCUAAUACUGGAAUUUCAUGUCAUGUUUCGAAUCCAAAACUCAGUAGCCCUUUUUCCCCACAUGUGCAUAUACAUUUGACUCCUUGUUGUCCUGCUAAGUUACCAAACUCUGCUACUGAUUUAAACACAAGCCUUGAAGUGAAUAAUUCGCCAAAGAGCCCAGGUCAAACCACCAAGACGCGUGAUGACUUUCUGGGACAGGUGGAUAUCCCCUUGAAUCAGAUACCGACAGAAAAUCCUAACACAGAAAGGCCAUACACAUUCAAGGAUUUUUUGCUUCAUCCACGAAGCCAUAAGUCCAGAGUUAAAGGUCAUCUACGUCUCAAAAUGACCUAUCUGCCAAAAAAUCCUGGUUCAGAGGAGGAAGCAGCAGAUCAGACUGAGGACCCCGAUCCUGGUUGGGAGCUGCUCGAGGCUCAGGACAUGUCAGGUCCCAGACAAAGCCAGCUGCUGCCUCCUCUGCCCCCUGGCUGGGAGGAGCGGCAAGACAAUCUGGGAAGAAUCUACUUUGUCAACCACGAAAGCAGAACCACACAGUGGUAUCGACCCACAAUACAAGACAGUGAUUUGGAGAUGCACAGAAGACAGAACACUGAUAUAGAUGUGGAGCAUGCGUUGAAUACACGCAGACAGAUCUCAGACCAUGAGGAAAAUGCCACACGAGAGUCUCCCGAGAGCUGGGAGAUCAUUACAGAGGACGAGUCCACCAUGUACCACAGCAACAACCAGCUCGCAUCACUGCCACCCCAGACACCUGCAGAGGUCAACUCGAUUUGUGGCGAGCUGAGAAACUUGCAAGUUUCAGGGGCCACAGCGAGCGAGCAGCGCACCUCCCACACGGAUCAUGCUAGUAAUUCAAGCCAUUCCAGUUUUAGAAGAAGCUCCCAGAAUUCUGGAGAAGAACAUCCUGUUAGUCCUGUGCUGGUUCCAACCUCAUCUGGCCUGCCUCCAGGGUGGGAGGAGAAGAGGGACAGUAAAGGAAGACGCUACUUUGUCAACCACAACAGUCGAGCUACAACUUGGACACGACCAGUCAUUCAGAAAACCUCAGACGCAGCAACAGCAGCAACAGUGGCAGCAGCAGCACCAGCACAGAGUGGUUCAAGUUUAACCCAAAGCACGCCACCGCCCACUACAUCCCCUGAGGCGUCUCCUCAGCACACACCAAGCCCAGAGGCCACAUAUGAAUCUGGAUUCUUGCCAGCUCGUUGGGAAGUUCGCAGUGCUCCCAAUGGAAGACCGUUUUUCAUCGACCACACCACAAAGACGACUACCUGGGAAGACCCCAGACUAAAGAUUCCUGUACACAUGAGGAAGAGACCCUCACUUGACCCUGCUGAUCUUGGCCCUCUGCUGCCUGGUUGGGAGGAAAGAGUUCACAGUGAUGGGAGGGUAUUCUACAUAGAUCACAACACCAAGACCACACAAUGGGAUGAUCCCAGAUUACAGAACUCAGCUAUAACUGGACCAGCUGUGCCUUAUUCCAGAGAUUAUAAACAGAAGUAUGACUACUUCCGGAAGAAGCUGAAGAAGCCAGCUGAUAUCCCAAAUCGCUUUGAGAUGAAGCUGAGACGAAGCGCUGUGCUGGAGGACUCGUACCGACGCAUCCUCUCAGUAAAGAGGGCAGAUCUGCUGAAGGCGCGACUGUGGUUGGAGUUUGAGGGAGAGAAAGGACUGGACUAUGGUGGCUUGGCCAGGGAGUGGUUCUUCCUCAUGUCCAAGGAGAUGUUCAACCCGUACUACGGACUGUUCGAGUAUUCUGCCACGGACAACUACACACUGCAGAUUAAUCCUAACUCAGGUUUGUGUAAUGAGGAUCACUUGUCCUACUUCAAGUUUAUCGGCCGCGUGGCAGGCAUGGCUGUGUAUCAUGGAAAACUGCUGGAUGCUUUCUUCAUUCGGCCUUUCUACAAGAUGAUGCUGCAGAAGCCGAUCACCCUCCAGGACAUGGAGUCUGUGGACGGUGAAUAUUUCAACUCCUUGAUGUGGAUUUUGGAGAAUGACCCAACAGACUUGGAUUUGAGGUUCACCGUCGAUGAAGAGCUGUUCGGACAGACUCAUCAACAUGAACUGAAGCCAGGCGGCAGUGAGAUUGUCAUCACUAAUGAAAACAAGAAGGAAUACAUUGAUCUGGUGAUUCAGUGGAGGUUUGUGAACAGGAUUCAGAAGCAGAUGACUGCAUUCAAAGAGGGAUUCUUUGAGCUGGUACCACAAGAUCUGAUCAAGAUCUUUGAUGAGAAUGAGCUCGAGCUGCUCAUGUGUGGUCUCGGAGACGUGGACGUGAACGACUGGAGAGAGAACACUAAGUACAAGAAUGGCUAUUGCUCCAACUUCGCAGUUAUCCAGUGGUUUUGGAAAACAGUGUUGCUGAUGGAUGCAGAGAAGCGAAUCCGGCUCUUACAGUUUGUGACGGGAACAUCCAGGGUCCCAAUGAAUGGCUUUGCUGAACUCUAUGGGUCUAACGGACCACAGCUGUUUACCAUUGAGCAGUGGGGAACACGCGAUAAACUCCCCCGAGCCCACACAUGCUUCAACCGUCUGGACCUUCCUCCUUAUGAGUCAUUUGAGGAACUGAGAGAGAAACUUCACAUCGCCAUUGAAAAUGCAUAUGGUUUCGAUGGGGUGGAUUAAUCCCAGGCGUGGUGAAUGAACUGACAUUUACUGCCAUCGGAGUAAAGCCGAUGCCAAGCAGAGAGACGAGCUUGGCGUUACACUCAGGUCUUAACCUGCCAGCUGUGUGACAGAUGAAGGACAGUCGCACAACUCUCACUUUGCUCCUCGGUCGUGACGCAUGGAGAAAAGGACUUCACAUCUGGAGAGACCGAAGACUUAAUUCACGAAAUGUAAUGUUUACAAAUUAGAUUUUCUUCUUAUUAGAUUAUAUUGUUUUUGCAUUUUUUACAUCGCUCAAAAGUGGAUCGACUUUUAUCUGUUCUGUUAAAAGAUUGAAUAUUUAAAGGGCAUGAUUCGGCGAAAUGUGAAUGUAAAACCAUCAGUUUAAUUUGGGGUGAGCAGCCUCAGAAACACUUAAUGCACAACUUCUCACAUCAGAGACUAAAUGUAGUUAUCUUAACCAUACGCCUGUCCCUGUCACUAAAUGAAUACAAACAUAUGAGGGGUGUUGAGUUGGACCAUGGGUUAGAAUAUGGUGAAGUUCAUGUUUAUAUAAAGACAGUAUACUGUGUUAGGUGUAUGAAUGAGACUUACACCCAUGUCUAUUGUCAAGAACUAUUAAACUCCAAAAUUACUUCAAACUAAAUGUGAACAGUGAAAUUGGCCCAGCUGCUUAAAGAAAUCACAGUGAGAUUAUUCCACAUGUAUAUGAAGUUUUAGGUAACAAAACAUAAAUACAAAUUGGUAAUUCAACCCAAAAUAAAUCACGUCUAGACGUUUUCUCCCCAGUUGCCUUUUAUUUUAAUUAUUUACGUAACUAUUUUUCAUUCCAGUAUAUUAGAACCUUUAAUGCAGGAAACCCACAAUGUAAACACCUCAUAACUUUAGCAGAAACUGUGCAGAUAUAUCCAAGUUGGAGUGAUUACACUUGAACAAAGUGUAUUAAUUCAGUUUUAUAGUAGUGAUGCACCAGUACCAGGACCAGUAAAUGGCUAAACUAAUUAUGAUACUGUAGCGGUGUUUCCACAGGUGAAAAGAAGUGACUACAUGCAGUGCUAGACUGUGUUGAAAUACUAUGCAUAUUUGUACAUAUUGACAUAACGAUUGAAUACCACUUGAUUUUUGAGUUUAUCAGAAAAAUAUAUUGUACAUACAAAUAUAACUCUGCCGUCUAUUAACUGAAAAAGCAACUGUCAAACUGAAGUAAGAAAAAAAAAAAAAUAUUGGUGCAUGUCCAGAUUAUGCAUCUUUUUUGUUUUUUAUUCAUGAUAAGUAGCUACUCAUACUAAAGUAAUAGUUAUAUGUAUAGAUUCACAUUAGAUGUCCUGGGCCGUGGCUUUUAGAAAUCUUCUCAGAUGGACUGUUUGAAACAUGUUUAGUUUUCGUCUGCUCAUCAUGGGUGUCUAACUUCAGCGUGGUGCUCUGUUUUUAAGAGUAUAACUUUUGAAAUGUAUUUUGUAGAUUGUCAAAACGUGAACAGAUAAUUGUUUCAAUAUCACUUAUCAUACCUUUGUAAGAGGGUAGCCGUACUUAAGCCUUGGUUUGAACUUUUUCUGAAUGGUAAAACAUGUGUUUACAUUGCCUGCCAUGUUUACAGCUCCUUGAUAAAGGAAGGAAUCAUGGGCUGGUUCUUGUCUCUGACGACACAGUUUUAUACUUACGCUUUUAUAAAGUGAAGCACUUUGUUUAUAUUGAUGAGUCUUACUUCUGAACUGUCUGGUUCUUGGCCAAUCUGUCAUCUGCAGACUGUUUAAAUCCCUCUUUGAAAAAACAUGAUCCUAUGCUUCAAGAGCACAUGUGUUUUAAAUGUUUACGUGUGAACAUCGCUGAAAAUAAGCACAUUCUCUUCUUUCACUGAUUUCAAGUUAAAUACGGAGGCCUUUGUUUGUAAUAUACUGUUGAAUUUAAUUGUGUUUAUUGAUGUUUUAAUCUCUAAAUGGAAGUACUGUUAUAUAUGUAUCAUUCUCUACUGAAGAAUAUGAAUAGAUCAACGCUUUAUUUCUGAUAUAUUAUAGAAUUUAAUUAGAACACCUACAAGUGCAUUAACACAACAAUAUACAUGCAACAUAUUGACAUAACAGGUGGGAGGGUGAAAGCUGUUAUAUGACAAUUUGAUAACCUGUAGAACACCAAAUUAAAUAUAAAUAUAACUGAAGAAUAAAGAUAAUUAAGAAACAUCAGUCAUGUAGUGUCUUCACUUCUAACUUUCCUAUAAAGUACGAGGUUAUAUUUUUGCAAAACUUGUUUUGGGACAGUGAUGGCCCGAAGAUGAACUAGAUGAAUAAAUGGGUGGGUCCAGGAAUUUUGUUUUGGUUUCUAAAAAAUUGCGAAAUAGGGCAUUUUCAACAUUUUCAGUUAAUUCUCAAAAGAUAUUAAUGGAUGCUAAUUUCUAUACCUUCAGGAGCAAAAAGGAUUUCUGCGUCACAAAAUCUAAUACUGUAUCAAAUAAAGCUUGAAAUGGUUGUUUUUGAGCAUUGAUUCUGAUGCCUUAUAUUUUUUUAAUCAUCAGUUUAUUCCCUAGAUGUAUUGUGUCUGUAUGAUCACACUGUAUUUCUGUGCAACGUGUACUAACAGUCUGUUCAGAGGAGCUGGAUGCAGUGCUGAGCUGCUCCACCUGGGGGAGAUGAGACACACUGUAUUAAAACUCCCUGAGCUUUAAAACUUCUGUCAACUAAAACUUGUUGUUUUUUAAAUCAUAUUAAAGCCUUACAUCAAUUAUUCAA